UAACAGAUACAGCAGGUUUAGAGAUUAGUUGAAUUUAUUUAUGAGAUCGGAAUUCCUGGAGAGAGUUCGAGAGUCCGAGGGAGAAAGAGAGAUUUGAGAAAAUGAUAAAGGCAGUGAUGAUGAUAAACACACAGGGCAAGCCACGCCUAUCCAAGUUCUACGAUUUCAUGACUGUAGAGAAGCAACAAGAGCUUAUCCGCGGCGUAUUUUCAGAAUUGUGCAGUAGACCUGAGAAUGUAAGCAAUUUCCUGGAGAUUGAUUCAUUGUUUGGCCCGGAUUCUCGGCUUGUUUACAAACACUAUGCUACUCUCUAUUUCGUGCUUGUUUUUGAUGCAUCAGAGAAUGAGCUUGCUAUGCUUGAUCUCAUCCAAGUUCUUGUUGAAACACUAGACAAAUGCUUCAGCAAUGUCUGUGAACUCGACAUUGUGUUCAACUACAGCAAGAUGCACACAGUGUUAGAUGAAAUUGUGUUUGGAGGACAAGUUCUUGAAACUAAUUCCACGGAAGUCAUGAAGGCUGUUGAAGAAAUAUCAAAGUUAGAAGCUGCUUCAAACGCUAUUUCACUUGUCCCCAAGUCUGUUUCCGGGUGGCGAGGCCGAUAAGCUUCAAAACUUGCCGUGACCGUGACAAAGAACAAGUCAUAUUCCAAAACAUGUUUUUUCAUGUCUUGAAAUUACUCUCAUCACACUUUGUAAUUCAGUUUCUCUUUGAAGUGUGUUGCGUUGCUUACACGAAAUUGUGUUUCUAGCCCUUUGAGCGUGUAGUGCUUGCUUAAUGGACUCAAA